CUAGAACGACAACAUUACAGACACCCUUUUCGUUGUGACUUCGCGAAUAACUGUAAAAAGUGAUUGUUUUUCCCAUUAAAGUUCCGUGUCACUGUUUCUGUGGUUGAACCGAGAUGGAGAAUGUGCAUCUCGUACCGGAGGACGAGGACCUUUAUUCGGGUUACAACGACUAUAAUCCCACAUUUGACUCCGAGGAGUUGGAGAAUGAUGUGGGCUUCCAGCAAGCAGUCAGGACGAGUCAUGGAAGAAGACCCCCUAUGACUGCGAAAUUUCCUGGCACUGCCAUUGGAGCUCGACCUUUAGCUACUUCAUUUGGUCCUCGGAUCCCUAUGACCUCUUCUAUGGGCAGACCAGUAACUGGAGCUGUACAGGAUGGAGCCGCUCGACCGAUGACUGCCGUCAGAGCCGCUGGUUACACGUCCUCUCUGACCCGUGGAUCAACCUUUGACCCUCUGGGCCAGUCCAGAGGUCCCGCCCCUGCGCUUGAAUCAAAGAAUGAGGACACGCCCGAGGAGAAGAUCAAGAUCCUGGAGAAGAAAGUGAACGACCUGAUCGAGGAGAGCUGCAUGGCACAGAGCAUGGGAGCCUUACAACUGGCUCUUGAAAAAGCUAAAGAGGCAGGAAGGAAGGAGCGAGCCCUGGUGAGACAGAGAGAACAGUCUGGAAAUGGGGACCACAUCAAUUUAGAUCUCACCUACUCAGUUUUGCUGAACCUCGCCAACCAGUAUGAGAACAAUGAAAUGUACCCAGAGGCUCUGAACAGCUACCAGGUCAUAGUGAAGAACAAGAUGUUCAGUAACGCAGGCAGACUGAAGGUCAACAUGGCCAACAUCUACUUCAAACAGAAAAACUACCCCAAGGCCAUCAAGUUCUACCGCAUGGCCCUGGACCAGAUCUCCAACGCCCACAAGGAGAUGAGGAUCAAGAUCAUGCAGAACAUCGGCGUGAUCUUCGUGCGCAUGGGCCAGUACUCGGACGCCAUCACGUCGUUCGGACACAUCAUGAGCGAGAGCCCCAACGUCAAGACGGGCUUCAACCUCAUCCUGUGUUACUACGCCAUCGGCGACCGCGAGAUGAUGAAGAAGUCCUUCCAGAACCUCAUCUCGGUGCCGCUGGGCGUCGACGACGAGGACAAGUACAUCCCGUCCAAUGACGACACCAACUCAAACAUGGUCAUCGAGGCCAUUAAGAACGACAAGCUUCACCAGAUGGAGAGAGAUCUAAAGUCUUUGGCUGAGAAGUUCAUCAUGACUGCAGCCAAACUCAUCGCUCCGUCCAUCGAGGCUUCGUUUGCUGCUGGAUUUGACUGGUGCGUGGACAUGGUAAAGAGUUCUCAGUACGUGGAGCUCGCCAACGAUCUGGAGAUCAACAAAGCCAUCACUUACCUCCGACAGAAGGACUUCAACCAGGUUGAGGCAGUUGAAACCCUGAAAACAUUUGAGAAGAAGGACAGCAGAGUGAAGAGCGCUGCAGCCACCAACCUCUCGUUCCUUUACUUUCUGGAGAAGGACUACGACCAGGCCGACCGAUAUUCCGACCUUGCCAUGAACGCCGACCGCUACAACCCGGCGGCGCUCAUCAACAAGGGCAACACCGUGUUCAUCAGACACGACUACGAAAAGGCGGCAGAGUUCUACAAAGAAGCGUUGAGGAACGACUCCUCCUGCACUGAGGCUCUCUACAACCUGGGUCUGUCCUACAAGAAACUGAAUCGUCUGGACGAGGCUCUGGACUGUUUCCUGAAGCUCCACGCCAUCCUGAGGAACAGCGCCCAAGUCAUGUACCAGCUGGCUCAAGUCUAUGAGCUUCUGGAGGAUCCGCAUCAGGCGAUCGAGUGGCUGAUGCAGGUCAUCAGUGUAAUCCCCACUGACCCCAAGGUGCUGGCCAAACUGGGAGACCUGCAUGAUGGCGAGGGGGACAAGUCCCAGGCUUUCCAGUGCUACUAUGAGUCUUUCAGGUACUUCCCCUCUAACAUCGAUGUGAUAGAGUGGCUCGGCGCCUACUACAUCGAGACCCAGUUCUGUGAAAAGGCCAUUCAGUACUUUGAAAGAGCCACACUCAUACAACCAACACAGGUGAAGUGGCAGCUGAUGGUGGCAAGCUGCUACAGACGAAGUGGAAACUACCAGAAAGCUUUGGACACGUAUAAAGACAUCCACCGCAAGUUUCCAGAAAAUGUGGAAUGUCUGCGUUUCUUGGUGAGGCUUUGCACAGACAUGGGACUGAAGGAGGUUCAAGAAUACGCCACCAGACUGAAAAAGGUGGAGAAGAUGAAGGAGAUCAGAGAACAGAGGGUGAAGUCGGGGCGUGAGGGCAGUGCCAGAAGUCGGAGAGAAGGCAGAGAGGGCAGCGCUGGGAGUGCAGGCAUUGCAGAGGAUGUCAAAACAGACAGCAGCCACAGCAGCAACAGCACUAAAGGCGAGCGACUCAGCGCCAAGAUGAGGUCACUUCCUGCCUCUAACGAGCCUUACGAGGCCAGCAACCAGAAAGAGCUCGACGCGUCUUACAUGGACCCACUGGGACCUCAGAUGGAGAGACCGAAGACGGGAGCAAAGAGGCGAGUGGAGGAGGACGACUUCGCGGACGAGGAGCUGGGAGACGACCUGCUGCCGGAGUAGCUGCUCCAAUCUUCAAGGCCUGUUUUUUCCUUAUACGAUCUUUUCUUAAAGAAUUUUUUGGUAAACACUGUAUUGUGUAUGAAGAGGUCUGAUAGUUUUGUGCUGGGUUUAUGGAAAACUCUUUAAAAAGAAGAUCACUGACUGCAGCUUUAAAUCUUACAGUUAACUGUCUCGAUAAAAACACUCUUGUUCCAGCUGAGGAGUAAAUGGACUGUGACUCCUGCGUUGAUGGAAACGCUCACCAAGAACUGAUAAGGCUGAAAAUGUCACAACUUUAUCCUCACAUCACUUUUCCCUCCUCUUCAAAUAACAAUAUUUCUCUGACAGCACUGGAGCGCGUCUUUAUCCUGGGAAACUUCUGGAAAAUCCAUCAACAAAACACAACACAACCACACAUAACGUUCUUUCACAGAUGCUGAUGUUUGUGCAUUUGUACUUUUGUACCAACAAAUGAAUGUCUAUUUGUACUAUUAUAUUUAUUUUUUCUUUAUAAAUCUAUUUAAAAA